UUCCUUAGAAACUGUUAUCGAUAAAACAAUCUAAUCAAACAUCAAUCACAUUUAAAGUACAUACAGUUUUUUGUUCUUCAAUCCCUACACAUUACAAUAUGGCAACUAACAACAUGGAAGAUCCAAAAAUUCGAGAAGUGAUCGAUGAGUUUGAAAAACAACCAAGGAAAUUAAUUGAUCCGUGCAAUAUAGACACAAAUUCACGCAAAUACUGGCAGCAAAUAUUUCAUGCUAUGGAUGAAUACAGUUCGAUGCCAUACCACAAACGAGAGAGUAUUUUAGAGAAAACACUAAAUGAUCCUUUGCUGAUCUCGCGUCUAGCAAAUAUUUACGACAUUCACCACCAUGAAGAUAUCAUAGAUUUCAAUCAAGUAUCAAGUGACGAUACCCAAAUCAGACCGAUAGAACCAAAACCCAUUUUUCAAGAAUAUUGUGAAGAUUAUGCAUGUACCUUUUCUGAUAUUAAGUUUGCGCUGUCUGAUAAAACGCUACCUUUUGGUGCCGAACCGGAGAGUAGGAUUAUGUUGGAACGACAGCCCACCAUAGACUACAGAAAGGAAUUGACCAAAUAUAAAGAUAUGUCCCAAUAUGAAGGUGAAAGCAUGUACGCUGCGUUUUUGAAGAAAUCGCCUGAGAAAGCAAGUCGAUGGAGGCCUAAACCAGCUUUAACUCUUGAUGGAAUGUCAUUAGCUGCAAAGUGUGAUGCAAUUACUAGAGAAAUUGCUGAAGACUUUGUUGCAUGGAUGGAAAGUCUGGGCGGUGAAACCAGAAGUUCAUUAGACGUUGAUGGAAUUGAAGGAUUGUUCGAAAUAGGUUUCAAUUGUCAUGCAGCGGAUUCACUCAAGAUUAAUAUGAAAGAAUUAAACUCAGUCACUGAAUACGUUGCUCAUGCUAGGGGAACUCCUGAGCUUUCAUUUGCCACGCAAUUAUACCGACAACUAUAUCGUGACAAAACGGCCGUGAAAACUAACUUGCAUAACUUUGCGUUUGGAACGAUGUUGCCUCCAGAAAUGCGAGUGGGUAGCAACGUGGAUUCUGAUGUUUCCAAAUGGUUGGAAAAUAAACGAGUGCCUGAGAAGUUGGCUACGAUGGCUGUCGUUUGGGAAGAUAUUGAAUCAUUAAAGUCAACGGAAGGAUACUGCAACUUCUUACUACAGCACGAAGAAAUUACUCCACCUUCGUAUCUAGUGAACAAAGGGUUGCUAGAUGUUCAGAAGAAAGCAGAGUCGCCAAAUUUGUAUCCAAUUGGUUCAAAUACAGUGACUCAAAGCAAGCUGAGUAUUUAUAGUGCCAGUAACAUCAGUGCAAUUUAAUCAUUGUUUUUAAUAGCAUUUAUUCUUUUUGAAAGCUAAAUUAUAAAAUAAAUAUAGUAUACGUAA